GACGUUUCUUGUUUCUCUUGAGGCCAGCGGGGCAGUGGCUGGAAUGUGUCAUAGUUGUGGGGGCUGUGUGCGCGUGCUCCACUGCCGUGUUCGUGGCCUUCCGUUUUCGUUGUGUUUUUUUUAAAACCCCGGAACGCCACUUCUUGUCCCUCCGAACGGACGGGCUGCUUUGCUAAAAGAAUCAAACACACACUACACACUGUCUUAAAUGGUAAGAGAGCGGAUCUCCCCACCCUUUCUGUCCUGAGGGAAAUUUCCGGGCGGGGGUUUCGGAGGGAGAUCAUCUGUGCUUGGAAUGGGGAUGCCAAAUCCAUUUUGCGUAGGGAAAGGAGGGAGGGCAUCGGAAGAAAAUAACCUUGGGAGGGCACGAAAGCAACUUGCACGCACAGCGUUUGUCGUUGAAAAACACAUUGCCCGGGGUGGGUCUUAUUCUAGGUGUGGGGGUGGCAAUCUUUUAGCACAUGGAGUCUCCCCCCGAACCUGUGGACCGCAGCCCACUAAUGGCCUCUUUGGGAUUGGGCCACAUGAGUGGUGGGCCGGUGCACGCAAGCAGCGAGCCGACGCACGCAAGCAGCCCAUGCAUGAGUGUUCAACUUGAUGGGCUGGUGAAUACUCACACGGCCCAGUUCCCCUCUCCCACCCACCCCCAGCCAGGCCGUCACGCUGCAACAGUUAGGGACCUCUGUUUUAACACCUACCUUUUGGGUGACUAGUGGCUGCCUGUCACCUUACAACAGCUCCCCCAAGGUGGCCUCAGCCAUCUUGUCCGUGUCCCCAUUUCCCAGGUUUUAGAUCCUUAAAAUAUCUCUGUUCUGUUCCGUGUUUGGUGUUUUCUGAAUCUCAACAGUCCUAGCCAGCCUCUCCUCCCUCCCACUGCCCUUCGACCCCGUAGUAAGAAAGCUAGCAGCUAAACCUGUGAACCUACCAAGGGUGUAAAAAACAUUGAUCUCGAAAAGCGAUUGUUAUGAACUGUCUGGCUGUGGUUUUGAAGGAGAACCUGUUUUGACUUUCUUUCUUUUUUUUCUGUACUCUUUUGAUCGAAGGGUAGCCUCUGAGGGUAAGUGACUAAGACCUCCUCUGCUGCCCACGAACAAUGGUGCAGGGAAUACUGGCGUCUUCAGUCAAACCCCGAGCAGGCUCCAGCAGAGAGAAGGCUGACUCUCUAGACAGGUGGAAUUACAUGAACGACAGCCUGAGGACGGAUGUUUUUAUGAGAUAUCAACCGGAGACGAUUGCUUGUGCCUGCAUUUACCUUGCUGCUCGGACUCUUCAGAUUCCUCUUCCGAGCCGUCCUCACUGGUUUCUUCUCUUCGGGGCUACCGAGGAGGAAAUUCAAGAGGUCUGCCUGAAAAUUUUGAAGCUCUACACGGUGAAGAAGAUUGAUCUGGCCGUUCUGGAAAGCCGAGUAGAGCAGCGGAGGCUGGCCAUGGAAGAGGAGAAAGCCCAGGCCAAAGGCCUCGUGCCAGACGGAACCCCCCAUCUUGCCGUGUCAGGUUUUUCUCCCGUCCCCAAACCAGAAUCUCCCAAAGACACCAAAGGCAGCGUUAAGCCUUCCCCGCUGCCUGUGCAGGCAGUCAAAAACGCAAAGAGGAAGACCGAAGGGAUGAAGAGAUUGAGGUCGAAAAGUCCGAUUAAUGGUGUUCAGAAAGGCCGCGAGAGCAGGAGUCGCAGUAGAAGCAGAGACCAGAGCUAUUCUCGAUCCACGUCGCACUCCCCUUCUCCAAAAAAGAGGAAAAGUGAAAGCUAUUCCACCUCCAGCUGCUCCAAGUCGCACAGCCGUUCGAGGAGCCGCAGCGAUUCGCCUCCCCACCAGUUCGGCCACACCGCUUCCUCCGGUUACCAAAGCUCCAAGAUGCGAAACUACAAGAAGGACAAGGGAUACAAGUAUGGCUCUCCGAAAGCCCGGAGAUCCCGUAGCCAGAGCUCCUCGAGAUCCCGCAGCCGUUCGCGGGAACGCUCCGAGCACACCGGCAAGUACCGGAAGAAGAGCCACUACUGCAGGGAUCAAAGGCCCGAACGACACCACCCAUACGACAGGCCGAGCCAUCGCUACGAGAGAGAUCACCCCGGCCACAGCCGACACCGGAGAUGAAGUCAGACAACACAGCCAAAGCUCCCCCCUCCUCCCCCGGCUUCAGCCAAGCCCCUCUUUUGCCCAAGGCUGGACUCUGGAGCCUUACAAACAUCUUGACUACUAGUUAAGGGCACGGACCCUACAAGGGCAAACGAUGAGGAUUGAGGGGGGGGUCCCUCUUUGGCUGUUUCCCCCCAUUGUCUUGAUAUAGGGCUGUUGCUUGUCUGCUGGAUUUUGUGUCUGCUUCCUGCUGGUGUGAUGUCCCUUUGAGCUGUCAAAAGCAGGAUUGUGGCCUGCGUCGGAUUCUACGGAGGAAAACCUCAGGACACUGUUCAGAGGGUUGAGAUUCCCCCUUCCCCAUUUUUUAAAAAAAAUCUUUCUUUCUCUCACACACAGAGGAUCUUGGAAGGUCACCCCAACAACAUUUUGCUUGGUGCUAAGAGCAUUUUCCUUUCUCUCUGUUCUCUCUUUUUUUUUUUUUUUUUUCUUUUCUUACAGUGAACCUGUUCGCAUUGCUACUACAGAAAAGGUGAUUUCCGGAUUCUUUAAAAUCUAGUGCCUAUAUUAGGCAGUCUCAGAGGGAAGAAGGAUCCGAUGCUGAAAUGGGAAGGAUGGAGGAAAAGCUUUAACCCUUUCAAAGUGCAAAAUGUGUUUCAAGUAAUUUUUGGAACGAGGAACCCGCAUCCUGAGAAUGCAAAUGUUUACGUUCCUUAACUCGAGGUUUUUUUUCCCCCACAGGCCUACUUCUUCUUACUAUUAUUAUUAUUAUUUUUUAUCCCCGGCAGAAAGAACUAUGGAAUAGUAUUUAAAUUCCACAUAUUGAAAGUGGUUUUUUUUUAAGAAAAAGAAAAAAAAUUCCUGGUGCUGGCCACCAAUACCAAGCUGCGGAUGAUUUCAUAGAGCUUAACCUUUUACGUGGUUUAGUUAAUAAAAAAUUUACUCAGGAUCUUUUCAAAAAGUCUGAAAGAAAUGAUUGUUUUUGUCUGUUCGUAGCUUGCUGAAGAGAAAAGUGUUUAUAUAAAGAGAGAGAUGUGUGCAGCACAAGAAUAUCCGUUUUAGUGGUAUAUCUGAGCUGUCUUCCUGUUCCUUAAUUUCAUUAAAGUAUUUGAUUUUGUAUUUAAAACGGUUGGACUCGGACUCUUCAACCUGCAUUGGAGUGGCUGUUUUAGUUUGUGAUAUGUUCUUUUUCUCUCCCCAGUACCAGAUUUUACCAAUUGCAAGCCUUUUACACAGAGCAGAAGGUUGAAGUUUGGUGUCAGAUUGGAUCUAGGGGGCACAUAGUUUCUGGAAAAAAAAAUUUUUUUUUAUAACAGUGCACUUUGCCUUAAUGUUUCAUUAUCUCAAAAACAUUUCCACACUCCUUUUUUUUUCGCAAAAAGCACAUAGCAACAGUUCAUAACACAUAGUUGGCCUUGGCUGAUGCCCAAAAACUUAAGUGGUUUGGUUUUCCUUUUUUUUUUUUUUUACUGUUGAGGAUGAGAGCUGUAUCGAUGGAGCAGAGGCUAAGAAGAAGAACCGUUGUUGAAAAAAAGGAUAGAAGAACGAAAGUUUAAUGUGGUGUAUGAACUUGGCGUGGCAGUUUCCAGACAUUUUGGUGUAAGAUUCGCCCUAUAAUAGCCAUCACAAAUGGGAUAACUUCCAAGCACGAGGCCAAACGUCUUCAGCAGUGCACUUUGAAAAUAUUCUGAAUCUCAAAAAGAUUCUUGGCUUGGAGCAGACAAUGUGAAAAUAAUUUAUUCUACUAUUAUUAAAGACUUUCGGUUAUUUUCUAGGCUAUUUUUAAACUCUUAAUAAAGUUCAUGUGGUUUAGAGAAGAA